AUGUAUUUUAAAAUAUACAAAUUAAAGAACAAUAUAAUUAAGCAAUUCGAAGAAUUUGGUAUGUUCAUAACAAAAAUAUUAGAUGAGAUUCCGGAAACGCCGUUAACCAUAACGGACAAAUUUAAACAAACUGUUCUUAGAAAAACCAAAAAAUCAGAAUUGAUAGAAAAAGUUUUCGGAGAUAUGACUGAGAAUACCUGCGAACUAGUCAAGACUGCUAACAAUAUGCUCUCAGAACUCAUAAUCAAUAUUUAA